AUGUGCAUCUUCUGCGAAAAGGCCAACAGCGAACUGGACGGAAAUCUAACUGCCGCACAGAAGCGAGAGAUCGAGUCCUGCGUCGACUUGCAGGAACGGCGCAUUCGGGCCACCAUCCUCACUGGCUUCCUCGGAGCAGGGAAGACUACCUUCCUGAAUUUCGUGCUGAAAAGCCUCGGGCAUGGGCGGCGCAUUGCAGUUGUUCAGAACGAGUUCGGCAAGGUCCCAAUCGAUGACCAACUCAUGCUGCUCGAGAAAUCUGCCGCGGAGACCAUCGUGAUGCCCAACGGCUGCCUUUGCUGCCGAGUUCGGGGAGACCUGGUCGAUGCUCUGAGGCGUCGAUGGUGUGUUAAGGGAAACCUUUGUGAUGCGGGUUCUGUUGGCGAUGAAACCCACGACUACUUCCGAAACUAG